AUGGACUCCAGGGAAACAACCCCAUCAGACUUUGACCCUGAAGAUCUCUUAGACAUUGACUUCUCAACAUAUGUCAGAACGGCUUUCCGACUGGAGAGAGGCAAAACUGCUGGGGUCUUGCAUGAAGGAUUUGAGCAACUUCUUUUAGAAGGCAAGGAUGAAAGGGGCUGUUACUUGAGGCUCAAUACUUCGAACAUGAGAACCAGACUAGGCACAGAUGAUGUCUCUCUUCACAGAGACUAUGACUCUCUCAUUGGAUUCUAUGCUCGGUUGCCACUGUUUGAAAGUGUGGAAUUUGGCCUGGUUCCUCGUCCAAUGGAUGUCCUGCCAAGUUCAAGCAGCCUCCAUGUGAAAAUUCCUGAACACCUCUUUUCCAUUGAUUGUACUGUGGGGCCCCAUGCAACAGAGGCAAAUAAAAUACCAAACUACUGCCUAGGAAGAUAUUCCAACAAUGGCCUUAUCAGGAUGUUUUUUCCAUACCUGACAAACAUGGUCAACAACCGGGUGGAUGAGGUGCAUAUUGCCGAGUUUUAUGAUGAAGUCUUGCGUCCUGCCAUCAUUCACAUAAUCCCCCAUUCUGCCCCUUCAUAUCCCCCCUACCGCCUACUAGAUGGUAUCCUUUCCCGCACUAAGGAUGGGAAGGUGGUUGGUGGAAAACGACUCUUUGCCUCAUCUCUCCUUCAUGACUUGGUCCUCCAGAUGAGGCACUGCCUCCAGAUAAAGGCAGAAAGGCUUAAAUGGGCACACAGCUUUUUCUUUGGCUUGGAGAUCAAGGGCAUAAAACUUAGCACCACACAUCCAAUUCCCUUCGAGGAUGCCCAUGCCCAUUCUCCUGAAGAAGAGACAGCAUGGACACAAAUCCUUGGGCUCUUCAACCAUGAAUUAUCAGCAGAGGAGCAGAGAAGCACAUGGGUGGAUGUGGGGCUGGAAAUCCACAGGAGGGAAUCCGUCCUCCACUGGGAUGCAUCCAAGCAUCACGAUGUCCUUCAGGUUCUUGCCCAUGGGUAUCAGGGAGAGGUUGAAAGGGGACCACACCAGGACGAGAAGGGUACUUUUGUGAUGUUCAAGCAGGCAUCCUAUCUUUGGCUGGUGGCCGUUGUGCAUUACCCCAUCUGGUAUGCUUCUGAGAAGGCAGUGGCCAGAAGGGCAGACAAAUUCCAUCCCAUGCUGGAGAUUAGCAAGAAAAACGUCCUCCUGGAAAAGAACCAAAAGAAACUCCAGCGAGAAUUCGAUAACCUGGAUCAAGUGUGGAGUUUAGCCAACGAGGAGUGCACAGAGGGAACAGCCAGAAUGGAGAUUUGUGUGCCACUGGGGAAAGCAAGGAAUGCAUUGAGGAGGGGCAUAACCAGGGAGUUUAUCGAGGAAUGCACCAUCUCUGUACCUGCUCGAUGGUGGUGGUUGUUCAAACUCCUGACUGCCCGUGCAUGUCGUCAGCUCAUAGAAGCUCAGCAGAAUGCCACCCCCAAGUCCAGGGUGCAGCCUUAUGCAUUGGAGCUCACUGCAGCACUCCUAUGGUGCAUCAACAUGCUCAACAGCAGGCCUGCCACAGGCUCCUCAGAGCAUGCACUCAUGUGUGCUUCCCUCCCAGUGACCGAUAACUUCUUACACCCAGAUGUCCUGGAUGGACGUGACAGAAACCCUCACAGAGACCAGGCUGAGGGUGAACAAUGUUGCCCAUUUGCACCUGGAAAUGUUCUCUGGUUCAGGGACAUCAGUUAUGGUGGCCCCUCCAAUCGUGGGCGAAUCGCCCCUUCAUUCAGGGCACAUACCACACUUGGACUGGUACGACGGUGGCCACUGGAUGAGGACCAUUUUAACCACCUCCUGGGCUAUUCUGUCGAGGAGAUCAAAACACUGCUCUCAGCCACCCUCUACACUGCAGUAAGAGCCCCUUUCCGUCUCCCCAGACCUCACCGUACAGAAGCCCCCCCUGUACUCGAACCAGAACAUGAGCUUCCAGCCGAUCUUCAUGUCAAACUCAAGAAGCACCAUAUCAAGCACCUGAGGACUGCCUACUCUGUUGAAGACCACCAUUCUGUGCCUCAGCUUGUUCAAGGGACCACCUCAAUAAUUUACACAAAGUCUCUCCACCAGAUUAUCCAGUAUUUCUAUUCCAACGUCCUGCAGACCAUCCCAGUACCACAGACCCCAUCUUCUGAUGUGUUCUAUCACAUCGUCCGUGAUCCAGACAACCCUAUCGAUCAUCCUGGUAUGGAGUACUUUGUGGAACCAGAUCUGCAUAAAAGUGGUUUCAUUGGAGCUCACCUCCGAAGGUGCAACCCUUCUGAGUUUCAUGUUGCAUUCCAACUCACUUUCCCACCUCCAGACCUCCAAUGGGAACCACCAAGAAUGCAGGGCAAAUACAAUCGGGACAGGAGACAGGGGGGGCGUAUUCAGUUCAAAGAUGGGGGCAAAGGAUGGAAGAGGCAUCCAUUUCACGUCUCUUGGUGGGAAUUCAUCAUAAAGUUUGACCGUACUGGUGGUAAUCGUAUCAGAGAGAAAAUUUGGGAGACAGUAUACUCCAAACUCGUUUGGGUACCAUAUUCAGAUCUUUCACGAAUGUGGUACACUACAGCCAACCCUCGGAGUUCAGACACUUUCCCUGCUGACAGGGCUGGAACAAGGCUCCCUGUGCUCAUUCUCAAUCCCUUGGUGGAUGACAAGGCUAUGUGGGAUGGGAAUCUGAUUAGGAGGGGGGUGUGGAAAUCUCCCAUCCUACAAGAUGAGGGCAUGGAAGACUGA